UUUUUUUGAAAUAUAAGUAAAAUAUUCAUUUUCAACAACCCGUUUUCUAUUAGCUAUGUUGGCUUUCGUAACAGUAGGCACGACUUCUUUUAAUGAUUUAAUAAGAGAAGUAUGCAGUGAUCAAUGCUUAAAGGCGCUUAAAAAGCGAGGGUUCAAAAAACUUCUCCUCCAAAUUGGUCGAGGUACCUUUAUACCUGAUACAACUUCAAAAAUACUUGAUGUAGAAUACUACAAAUAUAAAAAUAAAAUUAUAGAAGAUAUUAACAAAGCUGAUCUAGUGAUAAGUCACGCUGGAGCUGGAACAUCUCUUGAAGUUUUAACUGCUAAAAAGCAUUUACUUGUUGUCGUUAAUGAUAAUCUCAUGAAUAACCAUCAAUUAGAAUUAGCAGAUCAACUGCAAAAAGAAGGAUUUUGUUAUUAUACAAACUGCCAAAACCUUGCUGAAUAUUUAUCUACAAUCAAUUUAAGUGAUUUGAAACCAUAUAUACCGGGAAAUCCUGAACUAUUUAUCUCUUUUCUUGAUGAAGUAACAGGAAUCAAAAGUUUAAGUACUUAAAGCCGAUUCAACAAAGUUAAUCAAAAUGAAUGAAAUACAUCAAUAUUUUACUAAAUUUUCUAGUCUUUUUCCUUUUUACAUUGCUAUGAAACAGUAUUACAGGCAAUAAUUAUUUCAUAAUAAUCUGACUAAACACAAAAAGAAAGUGUUGAUUCGAGGUUAUUUUUUGGAUCUCUUUUCUUUAGUACUUAAAU